AUGAGUGUCGAAGAAUCCAAGCGCGCCGCCGCCAAAGUCGCCGUCGCAAACCACUACCCCAAGGACGCCAAGUGGGUAGGCAUCGGCAGCGGCACCACCAUCGUCUACGUCGUCGAGGCUAUCAAGGCCGCCGGCCUGGACACCUCGCAGACCCGCUACGUGCCCACGGGCUACCAGUCGCGCCAGCUGAUCAUCAACGCGGGGCUGACGGCCGUCGAGUUCGAUGCCAUCCCCGCCGGCACGGUCCUGGAUGUGGCCUUUGACGGUGCCGAUGAGGUGGACGAUGAGUUGAACUGUAUCAAGGGCGGCGGCGCUUGCUUGUUCCAGGAGAAGAUUGUGGCCAUGCAGGCGAAGCAGUUUAUCUGUCCCCGUCUCUUGUCCAACUGGAAAACCGUCCCCAUCGAAGUCGCCCCGAUCGCCGCGUACCGCGUGCUCCGUAAACUUGCAGCCCUCGGCAGCACCAAUGCCACCAUCCGCACCAACGUCUCGUCGAAGGAGGGCCCACUCAAGACAGACCAGGACUUUUUCAUCAUUGACGCCCCCUUCUCGCCCCUCCUCACCGAGGCCGACGUCGCGGCUGGCAAGGACGGGUCCGGUACUGCUGGUGUCUGGGAGGUGAAGGAGCUCGCGCGCCAGAUCAAGGAGAUUUCCGGCGUGCUCGAGGUCGGUAUCUUUUCGGGUUUAACGGGUCCCCAGGCUCAGGCUGCCGGUGGCAUUGGCGGCCAGCGGCCUGUGGCGGCCUACUUUGGUAUGCCGGAUGGAACGGUGUCGGUUCGCAAGGCGGCUGCUUGA